UGAUUUAUCCAACCUCGAGAGCUCGCAUCGGCAGCUCCCAUCAUCAAAGAAAACAAGUACAAUACAUCAACCACCUCUCAGCACCUCGACGCCCACAUCCACACCGGCAUACCCAUUUCGCCAUCUCGCAAGAUAGCCAGUGCCGCAAACUGUAGCCAGCCACUCCGCGAUCUUGUCGCUACCGCCCUUUCGUUGCGUUCGUACAAGUACCAGCGAGUCGGAGGAUGCUGGCUUCCGACCAGCUCCUCCUCAGUCGACGAUAGUAGCAACAAACCCUUGCACCAACUGUCACCCCUCGAUCCCCGCCGACACCCGACACGAUGCCGCCGCAGAGGUCCCAGAACGUUUCCGGGCUGCAGUUUGGCAUGCCGCCGGCUUCUCCCGACUCGAUUGGGCAAAGUACACCACCGCUGCCAUCUGUUGAAUCCGACGAGUCGUUUCGGACUGACUCUGACGCUCCCACAGUGCCCUACGACGACGUUGAGGAAGAGUUCUUGCGCGAUGCUGAGGAGUUCGCUAGAGGCCUCGAUUCCUUGACCUUCGCUAGGACCGCCCCUGCCGAUAAACGCGCCGAAAUAUUCAGGCUCGUGGAUACGUAUUACCGGUAUGCCGCCAACAAAGUCCACGCUCUGCGCGAGUCUAGAGUGCAGCAGUCCAAGACCGCUCUUCGCCGCUUAGAUGAGGCGUCGAGCCAGGACUCGAUGGACCUUGACGAUGUAGACAACCGGCCGGAGUCGCCAGCCGAAACCGAGAAGCUGAAGAGUUGGGAGCUAGAGGCCCAAACUUGGGACCUGCUACGGCGCCUCCUACCGUUGCGAUACCCGAACACCAAGGACGCCUUCGAGCCGACGCACCACGGCCUGUCGAGGCUUCAGUCAUGCUCGGAACUGUGGGGCGACUUCUUACGGGCGGACCCCACAGCGCGGGAACGCAAAGCCAUUCUCGAAUGCCUGCAGACGAGCGCCGACGAAUCGCGCGUGGACAUCGACGAAUUGGUCCGAGAUUACCAGCAACGCGCAGAAAGGGGUGAUAUAAUUGCCUACGGGUGGCUCCACACACGUUCUGCCAUUAAAAUGCAGAAGAAGGUUAACGGCUGGUCCGGCGCACUAGAUCCCAACGCCUCCGACGUUAGCCAAAUCCUUCGAAAUGGAUCGAACCCUCUAGUCACCCAGCUCGACCCCGAUGUGGCGACGAGGCAGGGCCGGAAACUGCUGCCAGAAGACGAGUACUUCGAAAGAGCUAUCUGGCUCGGGUGCUACGAAUUGUUGCGGAGGGGGCGAAGUAUGGCCGAGAUUCGAGAUUGGUGUAUCGAGAGGACGGAAGUCUGGAGAGCCGUCAGCAUGUCGGCCAUGCCGCUGUCCAAAGACGGGAGUGGAGACAGUUUCAAGUGCGGCCCUCUCUCCAUGCUCCUCUGGCGACGUACCUGUUUUGCGUUGGCGCGGCAGGGCGGCACCGACGACUUCGAGCGCGCCGUCUACGGUAUACUCUCUGGCGACAUUCCCAGCGUCGAGAAGAUCUGCGAGGACUGGGACGACUUCGUCUACGCUCAUUUCAACGCCCUGCUACGAACGCAGUUCGAUGCUUACUUAACGAAGCGAUCGCCGCCGGAUGCAACCGCUGCUAUCACGCAAACCUUGCCCGCUUUCAACGCUGUCCAGUUCCACGGUGACGCCGCUUCGGUUGGGGAACGUCUGGUCAAAUCCCUGGAAACGAAUCCCAAGACAUCAGCAGAAGCGAGAACGCCUAUGAAAACCCUUCAAGCAGCCAUCAUCUCCAACGGCCUCGAUCAGUACGCAUACGAACUUGGCCUGGCCCUCAGGAAGUCGGCAAACUCCGGGGACACUUCGGUAUUGAUACCGAGCUCCGGGCAACCUGACGGGCACAUCGACGAAGACCAGUUUAUCAAGCUUACCGAUCAUAAUAGUUUGCGUAUCCUAGUGCACGUCUAUCUGAUCCUGUCAAGCUUGGAAGGGCUCGAAAACGGGGCUCACCUACAGACCGGGGAGCGUCGCGAAGUCCAGGAGAGCGUGAUCUCGGCCUACGUCAGUACGCUUCGGCUGACCGGCCUUACGGAUCUAAUGCCGCUGUACUGCCAUCAGCUGCAGGGAGAGAAGGCUCUCUUCACGCUCAGCCGGAAUGUGACCGGUGUGACCAACCAAGAGGACCGAGAGAUCCUGCUGAGGCUCAUGGAGAAGCUCGGCAUGGACAUUGCGGAAUUCGUCCAAUUCCAACCACGCUCUCUUCUGCAGCGGCACCCCGACACCGAGGAGCGCAUAUCACCGCUUGGCAGAUUGUCCAUCUUAUCAGCCGACCCGUCUACUCUGAAAUACGGUCGGCCCCUAAAACCCGAUUUCUUCGGGGAAAUUCCGGAGAAGCUCAACCCUACUGACGAAGAACUCAUCCAGUCUCUGGAAUGGUUCCUCCUCAUCGACGGCCUCUGGCACGAAAUGUUCCAAGCCGGGGCCGCCAUCUAUAAGCGAUUCCUCAAGCAAUUCAAUUUGCAUGCUGCACGUGCCUUGUCCGAACGAGUCCGUUGCUCGGAGAUAUUCAUCAAAAAGGCGGGCAUUUCUGUGCCCGACGAUUCAGACGUGGCAUGGUUCGGGGAAAUCCGCGCGAACGCUGCGGCUGGCUUGCUGGAGGACAAUGGACUCGGUGACGAAGAGGUCGCGGCAGCGCAGAAUUUCUUCGAGAUGGAGUGCCUGAUUCGGGCGCUAGAUGCGAUGGAGACCAUCGCAUCCAGCGAAUUCCUGGCCCAAGACCCGGGAGAAGCGGUAGUACGGGAUUUCUGGUCUAAUCUAGGCCGCGAGGUGAAGGUGGUGAAGAGCCUAAUGGGUCCCAUCCUAGGUCAUUGGCUGCUGGAGAGUGCCGAGGGCGACGUCGAAGACUUUACCUACCUUCGAGAUGCGUAUCUGCCUGAGACAAUCAUAGGAUAUGUGAGCGUGCUGCACUUCGCGGGAACGACACUGACUCGAGACAACCUUCUCGAAUGUAUGGAGCUCGCUUCCGUAAUCGCCAAAAAGGACUCGGAUGUGGCGCCGGUGCUCAUGAGAUCGGGGCGAAUGAAGGAGCUCGUCGAAGGCUUCGCGAACUGCAGCAAAGCGCUCGCAGUAAAUAGCAACGACAAGAAGGGCCCCGGCGGUAGCAGCAAGAGGAUGCGGGAGAUGGGGUGGACGAGAGAGUUGUGGUCGGUAAAAAAAUGAGAGAAAAAUAAGGGGAGGAAGGGAUUUAUUUUUUUAGAGGCCCCCCCCCUAGGUGGGUUUCUGAAGCGGCACAUCUAAGACUCUUGAGUCCGCUGGCGUUAGAGGCUCUCGGGGAAUCAGACGACAACAUCGGUGACGGCUGUCGGACUAGGCACGAGGGCGUUACAAGGUCAUGUAAUAGUGCGUCCGCAGUGUAUAGCAGGGCCAAGCUAGGCUAGUGGACUAAACAGCAUCGAGAAACGUUUUGCUACUGCCUCGCGAUAGGAUUUUGCCGAUCCGUGAAAAGAGGAGUGAGUUCAUACGCCCCGUAGACUUCAUCAGGGGAAAAGGGGUCUGUUUUGCCCCUAUUGAACCUAGCUAAAGUGGGGGAGGUUGAUAAGAUAAGACGAGCAAUAGGAUGAAAUGGGCUAGGUGAAUGCCUAAUUAGGCAC